AUGGAGGAGGAAUUACACAAGCAUUGGGAAUCUUUCUCUCUAACAGACCAGGAGGCUAACUCAGUGAGUGUGGAGAAGGACGAUUUGGAACAUCUUGUUGAAAAAGGAAAACGUUGCCUACUAUUGUUGAUCAAUGCGGAUAGGGUGGUAGAUCUACAGGCAUUCAGAACUACCAUGUCAAUGAUUUGGAGACCAGAAGUGUGGAUCCAUUAUAAGGACGUGGGAGUUAACAGGGUGUUGGUGGAGUUCCAGCAUGAACGUGAUAAAGGUAAGGUCUUGGCUGGAAGGCCAUGGUCUUUUGACAAGGCACUGAUAUGCCUACAGGAGGUAGAUGAAAAAGUACCACUGAAGGACAUAAAGUUUGCAAAGGAGCUCUUUUGGGUGCAAGCCCAUAACAUGCCAAUGUCAUGCUUGACAAUGGAAGUUGGGUUCAAGCUGUUCUCGCGGAUGGAAAAGGUUCUUGAGGUGGAGACAGAUGAAGGGGGCUGUUGUUGGGGAAGUAUCUUAAGGGCCAAGGUGGAGGUGGACAUCACCAAACCGUUGACCUGUGGAAGGCUUUUAACAGUUGAUAUGUCUAAAAAUGGAUCCCUUUUUAAGUAUGAAAGACUACCUUCUUUCUGCCUUCACUGUGGAUCCAUUCUGCACUGUAAACAGUGCCCUCGUACCAGUCGCUAUAAAAAGAUGGAAGCAAACAACCAGUAUGGCCCUUGGCUCAGGGCUAGCCCAACAAAGGGGAGUGGCUUUGAUACCCAUCGGUACGGUGGAAACAUGAACCGACAACCCCAACACGGCUAG